AAAUUUUAAAAUUUGAAUUGAUAGGAUAUGAAUAGCUUCUUACAUAUCGGUGAUAUUAUAUCAUUAUAUUCAGAAGGGUCAGUCAGUGGCUUUAUUUCAACAUUAGGAUUGGUCGACGAUAGAUGUGUUUUGCGACCGAAUGCGGGUGACUUAAAAAAUCCCCCAUCAAAAUUUAGAGACUGCUUAUUCAAGGUUAUGCCGCUAAAUAGAUAUGCUGCUCAAAAACAAUACUGGAAAGUGUCAAGAGAAAAUGAUAGUCCUUUGAUAAACAUAGCAACAAUUGAUCCAGCUCUGAUCAAAAAAUUACAACAAGCCGCCGAAUUGGAGAAAAAACAAAACGAAAAUGAGGGUAUCAAACUUUUAGGCGCGUUGGUUCAGUACGGAAAUGUCAUACAACUCUUACAUAUCAAAAGCAAUAAAUAUUUAACGGUUAACAAACGACUCCCAGCGCAACUCGAAAAAAAUGCCAUGCGAAUAACUUUAGACUUACUUGGAAACGAAGGAUCUUGGUUCUAUAUACAACCUUAUUACAAACUACGCACCCUUGGAGACAAUGUAGUGGUUGGUGACAAAGUAGUAUUGAUGUCCGUAAAUUCUAGUCAAGAACUUCACGUGGGAUAUUGCGAUUUAUUGGAUAAUCCGGGAUGUAAAGAAGUAAACGCGCUUAAUUCAAAUACCAGCUGGAAGAUUAUGUUAUUCUUGCCACAAAAAGAGAACAUUGAAGAUGUUUUGAAGGGGGGAGACGUGAUUAGAUUAUUUCACGCCGAGCAAGAAAAGUUUUUAACCUGCGACGAGAUCAAACAACAAUUCAAAAUAUUUUUAAGGACAACGGGAAGAGCUUCAGCUUCAUCGGCUACUAGCUCUAAGGCUUUGUGGGAAGUUGAAGUGGUUACAGAUGACCCAUGUCAAGGUGGUGCUGGACAUUGGAAUAGUUUAUUCAGAUUUAAGCAUUUGGCUACCGGGGCCUAUUUGGGAGCCGAAGUAUAUAUAAUUACAUUUUCAAAAGAUGAAGAUCCAACCCUGGACAUAACACGAUUAAAAUUGCGAGGCGAUCCCAUAAAUCCUGUUUAUUAUUUAAUAUCCGUUAUACAUGAUCACGAUAUAACCACUCUUUUUGAAUUAGAUCCAACUACCAUAACUCGUAACGAUACUUUAAUACCAAGGUCAGCUUUUGUAAGAUUGCAUCAUGUUUUCUCGAAUACCUGGAUUCAUGGUACGACGAUACCGUUUGAAGAACUUGACAUCGAUAGUAAACAUAUACUUUAUAAGGUUGGUUGCGCCACAUUGCGUGAAGAUAAAGAAGCUUUUGCUUUAGUUCAAGUGUCUCCGACGGAAGUCAGGGAUCUGGAUUUCGCUAACGAUUCAAGUACCGGUUUAUCUAUUUUGGCCAAAAAGUUUAGGGACGAUUUAGCUACAACCAGCGAUAAAAGACAAGCUCUCAAGCUUUUAUUCGACAUUAUAAAUUUCGUUGCUGAUCAAGAAAACGAUGGUAAGGAUCCAUUAGAGAUAACGAUGACUAAUCCCAAUCGUGAAAGACAAAAAUUAGUUAGGGAGCAAGAUGUCUUAAAGGAGAUAUUUGACUUAUUAAAGGCCCCUUUCAGCGAGGGCGGCGGUAAAGGACCCUACAUUAAAAUCGAAGAUUUGAGCGAUCCCAAAAAUUCAAAUUUGAGACAAAUAUUUCGUCUGUGUUAUAGAUGCAUUAAAUUUUCUUGUCAUACCUAUCGAAAAAAUCAGGAAUACGUGGCUAGGCAGUUUUCUUUCAUGCAAAAACAAAUCGGGUAUGAUGUUUUAGCCGAAGAAACUAUUACCGCUUUAUUGCACAACAAUCGAAAAUUAUUGGAAAAGCACAUUAAAUACAAGGAAGUCGAAACAUUUGUCAAUCUUUUGAGGUCAAAAAAAGAAUGCAGAUUUUUAGAGUAUCUAUCAGAUUUAUGCGUCUCUAAUCAAAUAGCGAUACCGAUAACGCAAGAAAUGAUAUGCAAAUGCAUGUUGGACCCGAAAAAAAGUGAUAUCCUCUACGAAUCUGUGCUGGUUAAAAAUCAUUCGAUCGCCGAACCGUUAAAUCCUGAAGAUAAAAAUGAGACGAUAACUCAGAAAAUCAUAGAAAACGACGAAGUUAUGUUAUUUUGGAACAAUCGUAAAAAUAUGAAAAGUUUAAAAGAAUUAGCUAAAGGAGCCAAAGAUGACAAAGAAGACGCUAAAAUAUUGAAAUAUUAUAGGUAUCAAUUAGACCUUUUCUCGAAUAUGUGUCUAGACAGACAAUACUUGGCUAUCGAUUACCUAACGAAUCAAAUGACGAUCGAUUUGUUACUUAAGUGUAUGAAAGACGAAAUUUUGCCCUACAAUUUGAGAGCUUCAUUUUGUCGUUUGCUCCUAAAUAUUCACGUCGACAGAGACCCCCAAGACGUGGUUAAUCCCAUCAAAUAUGCCAGGUUAUGGUCUGAUGCCGACCGUGCCAGCGAAAAUAUAGAGGAUUACGAUGCUUUAUCUUUACCCGAAAAUCACCAAAACAACGAUUCAAAAUUCGAAGCCACUAUGAAAUUCGUGGAGAAUUACCUUAGCGACAUUUUUUUGUUACCUAAACCUUUCACGGACAAAGAUAAAAAUAAAAUGACGUUCGAGGUGGUCAAGCUGGCUAAAAAUUUGAUAUAUUUUGGAUUUUACAAUUAUACCAAUUUGCUAAGACUUACGAAAAAUUUGUUAUCCUUGUUAGAUGAAAAUUCUGCAACGGAAAGUAUUGAAUCACAAUUGCAAAAUUUUAAAUCUAACAAAACAUCUCGUCUUAUGCGAUCCUUGACCGAAAUGAAGCAGGCCAUGUCGAAUUAUGUGUUAGGAAAUUCCACCGAAACCCCUUAUUUUGAUUACAAAGGUAAGAGGAAAUCGAUCGCUGCCAUAAAUUCGGAUAAAAAGUUUAACGUGAAUGAUAUUGAAGAAGAUGUGUUAGUCAUGGAAACCAAGCUUUAUAUUGUUGACAUAUUCCAGUUUCUGUUUAACGUGAGACUGGAUUACCGAAUAUCUUGUUUGCUAACAAAAUUUAAAGAGCAAAUUAUACCUAUAAGGAGGAAAAUGUCGAUCAAAAACGAGACAUUAAUGAAUCCUGAUAAUCAGAAAAAUGAGGAUUUGAAUACUAUGAAUUUAUUGAUGGACAAUAUGGUUAACGAAAUAUUUAGUGAAAAAUUUUCCAAAGGCGAUUUGAAUAACCAAGAAUCUUGUUCCUUCCUUAGAAUGCUAUUAUUUUUUAUAAUGCACGAUUAUGCUUCCCUAGUAUCGGGUGCUUUGCAAUUGUUAUUUCGGCAUUUUAGUCAACGUCAUGAAUUUAUAGUCGCUUUGAAACAGGUACAAUUGCUUAUAACUUCAACGGAAAUCGAAAAUUACAAGAAACUCAAAUCCGAUUUGGACGAAUUACGGUUGCUAGUAGAAAAAUCUGAAUUAUGGGUCAAUAAAUCACCAUCGAUACAGGAUAUUAACCAAACCGACACAUUUUUAUCAAAUACUCUCCAAAUCAACGAUCCUAUUUACAGGAGUGACGACAUAUUAGAAAAAUCAUCAGGCGAUAUACCAAAUAUUGAUGAAACGAAUCGCGAAAAUAAAGUAGCGAACGGGGAGUUAAAAGUUGUAACAUCGACACCUCGUAAAAUGAUUUCCUCUUCCCUGCUACCUAGACUACAAUUAAAACAUAGGAUGGGUAACAAUGCUUUUGAUGAGGAAGAAUUGAGACUUUCAGAGGUAGUUAGACCCAUUAUCAGUAACCAUCUUGCAAACUUUAUUAUGAAUCCUAAAAGACUUAUGGAUGUCAAUAAUUUUAUUUGCAAAAUAUCGAAAGAAACAAAUAAUGAUAAGGAAUUAAUGGAAAUAAUAAAUAACAUCAGGAAUGGAAAAUACAUAAAGAAUAAAACAUACAAAAAUAUGGAAGUAGAAAUAAGUUUGAUAAAAGAUUGUCUUUUUAAAGAGAGCCGAAUCAUCAUACCACACAAAAUGAGAAAAGAGAUAUUAGAGGAACUUUAUAAAGGACAUUUAGGAGCUGGCAAAACCAAAUUGUUAGCAAGAGAUUAUGUAUGGUGGCCUGAAAUCAAUACCGAAAUUGAUCAAGAAAUAAAAAAUUGUGAAACAUGCAACAAAUGGGCCAAUAAUCCACACAACAUACAAAAUCCAUGGCAAACAGCUACGAAAUAUUUCGAAAGAAUACACAUAGAUAUAGCUCAAUUUGAAGACAAUAAUUACAUGGUAAUCGUCGAUGCUUAUAGAAAAUUUCCCAUAAUCAAGAGAAUAAAAAAUAUAACAACAGAAUUGACAGUAAUAGAAUUAAUGAAAAUAAUUAGCUUAUUUGGAAUACCACACAUAAUCGUAACCGAUAAUGGAACGAACUUCACAAGUUAUUUGUUUAAAAAAUUCUGUGAAGAUCAUGGUAUCAAGCACAUACUUGCAGCUCCACAUCAUCAACAAUCAAAUGGACAAUGUGAAAGAAUGAUAAGAUCAAUGAAAAUGAACAUGAUAAGGAACAUGAAAACCAACAAAAAAAUAGAUUUAGACAUAGCUUUGGAAAAAUUUUUAGAUAUUAGAACAAAAUGGGACUUAGUUAAACUAAACAUAGACAUAAACAACGAAAUUAAUCGCAAAAUAUCAACAAAUAGAACUAUAGAAAAAGGAGAUAAAAUUUGGUACAAAACGUUUAAGAAAAACAUUUGGGACAAAGGAAUAAUAACACAUAAAGGAAAUUUAUCAUACAAAAUAGACAACGGAAAUAAAAUCAUCAGAAGACAUUUAGAUCAAAUAAAGAAAAGAUCAACAUAUAUACUCGAAAAAGACGACUCGCCAUAUAAAACACCAAAUUUUAGAGGGGGAAGAAUUGGAGAUAGAGAACAAAAUGAAAAUCAAGUUCAAGAUAAAAUACAAAAUGAGUUUCAAGUUCAAAAUCAGAUCAAGGUCAAGUUCAAGCCCGAAAGGCGAUUUUCUUUGGUCGAGAAAACUUUCUCUGACACUCAUCAUACUUGUAAUGGAAACUAUGAAACUGUUAAAGAAAUUUUGAAAAGAUUCUCCGAUAUUUGUGUCAAAAGAUCGAAUGGAAUUAUACCUCAAAAAGGGGAACAAAGACUUUUGAGAAAUUUAGCUGUUCACAAUGUUGUAUUGGAACUGUUACAAAUUCCGUAUGAUAAGAAAAAUGAUAAGCAAAUGAUAGAUAUUAUACACGAGGCUCAUAAAUUCUUGCAAAAUUUUUGCCUGGCAAACAAGACUAAUCAAUCGAUUCUCCACAAACAUAUAGAUUUAUUCAUGACACCAGGCGUAUUAGAAGCUCAAACUAUGAGGAGUAUAUUUAAGGAUAACAUAGUUCUGUGUAACGAAAUAACCGAUACUUUAGUUGAACACUUUAUAAACAACAUACAGACCCAGGGAAGAAUCCCGGAUUAUUUAAAAUUUUUGGAAUGUAUAGUUAAAGCGGAAGGUCAAUACAUUAGGAAAUGCCAGGAUAUAGUAACCACCGAGUUAGAAAAUGUGGGAGAAGAUGUUCUCGUUUUUUAUAACGACGAUCAGUCAUUUAAAACCCUGGUUAGCAUGAUGAAACUUGACAAAAGCUUAGAACCUUUGGUUUAUCAUAUAUCGCUGGUGCAUCUACUGGCCAUUUGUACGGAAGGUAAGAAUGCCUUCACUGAAAUCAAAUGUCACUCGCUUCUCACCUUAGACGAUAUCAUAAAAAUCGUACUUCAUCCAGAUUGCCUUAUAGAGGUGAAAGACGCUUACGUUAAUUUUUUGACGCAAUGCUAUAUUGAUACCGAAAUCGAAAUGAAAGAAAUUUAUAGCAGUAAUCACAUAUGGAUACUAUUUGAAAAUUUCUUAGAAGAUAUUGAUAAGGUUAUAUCGAAAGACCUACUUAGAAGCUUGAAAUACGAUUCCAACCAAAUUUUAUUAGAAAAUUAUGUAUGCACUACGAUGAUGAAUGCCAUAAUCUCUUUUUUCAUUUCCCCUUUUUCGGAACAAAGUGUUACCGUUAAAUGCAAGCAACCAUUAUAUAUAAGAAUAUUGGAAGCCGCUUGCAAACUAUCCCAAUCCACUAAAAUAUCAGGAGGGCACAAAUAUCAUGUGGAAAAUUGCAUCCGCGCGUUAUGCGAUACAGCAAGGAACAGGAACAUCGCCAUACCCGUCGAUCUUGAAACCGAAAUAGAACAAUUAUUUUCGCAAGCUCAAACGCUGAUCAAACACUCUAAGUUGUGGUUGUCUGUUGGGAAAGCUAAAUUAGAAUCCAGCAAUAACACGGACAAGGAGUACAAAGUCAUUGUUCAAUGUUUUCAAGAGAUGAUUACAUAUCAGGAACAAUUUUUUAAGCCAUUAAUGCACGCCGAACUGUCUAUACUCGUGGAUAUUUUGCAUCGUCCUGAAUACUUAUAUCCUCCUUAUUCCGAAAUCAGAAUCGUUUUCGAAAGCGGUGGAUUAAUUUUGAGAUUAAUAAAGCAUACCAGUAAAUUGUAUGAAGAAAAGGAAGAGACUCUCUGUAUCAAAAUACUUCAAACGUUGAAAGAAAUGAUGACUAUCCAUGAAACCAGCUUUAUACUGGAUCCCAAACAUUUAUUAAAAGAGGAAACACCGAGCCAAGGCGCUAUUUUGAGGAAUUCUUUACUAGUCAAAUACUUCAACGCUAAAAAUAUGACCAAAGAAAUAAAAUCUAAGGAUCCCAAGAAGAUCGCUAAAAGUAAAACAACUUUAGAUCCUGAAAAGCUAUCCGAUGUUCAAGAUAAAUUGGAUAAACAAGGUGCCACGAAUCUUAUAAUUGAUUUGAUCAUCAAAAAUCCUAAUCUCAAUAUAUUUAUGGAAUGCUUAGAACUUGGAAUAGCUGUUCUUGAGGGUGGCAACCAAACUGUCCAAAAAUCUUUUCAUGAAAUCCUCUCCAAAGAUGCAUUGAAGUGCGACUCCUUCUUCAAAGUAAUCUCCGAACAUAUAUUAAAUGCUCAAAUGGAUAUUAAAUCCUCAACAUCGGCCAAUAUCGGAGACAGUUCUACUUCCCAAAAAAAGGAAGAAAUGAAGCUAUUAAAAUCUUUGGGUUGUCUCCAAGGGGCUAAAGAAAAGAGUUCUUUCAACAUAUCUAAACCGUACAUGUUACACGACAAGUUAAAGACUCAGCUCGACGAAGCUGGUAAGGCAACUUACAACGCGAUUAAAUCCGUGGCAAGAUCGUUCGGGAAAGCUUUAAAACCUAAUGAACAACAAACAAAUAAUACUGUGCAAUCAGAAAACUACGAUAAAUUUGGAAACAAUCUAAAUCCUAACGUUCUAUUAGAUGAAAGUGAUAAAAACACUUAUUCACAACUAGAUCUAAUGAUUCCCAUACUACGUUUCUUACAGUUGUUAUGCGAAAAUCAUAAUAUUUUACUUCAGAACUUUCUGAGGUCUCAGAAUAUGAAAACGAACUCCAACAUGGUAUCGGAGACGCUGCAGUUUUUGGAUUGUAUAUGCGGGAGCACAUCUGGCGGGUUAGGAUUGUUAGGUCUUUAUAUCAACGAGGAAAAUGUUAAUUUAAUAUCCCAAAUUUUGAACACUUUAACAGAAUACUGUCAGGGUCCAUGUAUCGAUAAUCAAAAUUGCAUUGCACGCCAUGAAUCUAAUGGCAUCGAUAUUAUUAUCGCUCUCAUAUUGAAUGACAUCAUUCCUCUAGGCAAAUAUAGAUUGGAUUUAGCUUUAGAAUUAAAAUAUAACGCUACGAAACUUUUGCUCUCUCUCAUGGAAAGUAGACAUGACAACGAAAAUUCGGAAAGAAUUCUAUUCAAUUUAAACCCGAAACAUUUGGUGGAAGUUAUUGUUAAAGCUUUUCAUGAAGAUGUUUCCACAGCUACUACCGUUAAUAAUUUGUCCAAAAAAUCCAACGACAUUAGACCAGUGACACCUACUAUCAUGGAUACGGAGCAUACUAUUCCCCACCCUUUCAACGGUUCCCACCUGAAAUUUUCAGAUUUCGAUGUAAAGGCGGUAUCUCAUAAAAUAUCUCCCAAGGUAGUCGGUCACGAUAUUUAUAUCUUAGCUCUUCAUCUGUCGCAUUAUAACCCCGAAUUAAGUGAAUUAUUAGAUCCAUGGUAUACUCAACACGAUGUUAAAACAAAACGUGCGUUGGAAAUUUAUGCUAAAACUACGGCUCAAAUUGAAAUCGUCAGGAAAGAUCAACGACUAGAACAAAUCAUAUUCCCCAUACCUUCUAUAUGCGAAUACCUGACUGAAGGUACCAAAAAUAAAGUGUUCAACGAAGUUAAAAGAGACGAACAGGGGAGAAAAGUGGGCGACUUCUUUUCUAUAGUGCCGGAUCUUUAUAGCGAAUUGAAAUGGCAAAAGCGAUUGAGAUCUCAGCCUAUCUUUUUUUGGUUUGCAAGUCAUAUGAAUAUGUGGAGCAACAUAUCCUUCAAUAUAGUUCUACUGAUAAACCUUUUGAUAGCGCUCUUUUAUCCCUUCUCAAAUAAACCACAAAGAGGCGACCCAAGGAUUUCAAUGUUGAUUUGGUUAGCUCUGUUCAUAUCAACUAGCAUCGUAAUCUGUCUGCCUAGGAGACCUGGCAUAUUGUCCCUCUUAGUAUCUAUAAUUGUGAGAUUAAUAUUAACGUUUGGGAUCAAAUUUACGCUAAACAUUCUAGGAAUUCUAUUAGUCAUAAAUUCUGCGAUAUAUUUGACUAGUCUAAUGGGAAACCGAGGUAAAUUCACGAAAUCUUUCAGACACGUAUUAACAGAUUUUGAGAUACUGUACCAUUUCGGAUAUUUGAUCGUUUGCCUUUCGGGAUUACUAUACCACGAAUUUUUCUACAGUUUGUUGCUGCUAGACGUAGUUUACAGGGAAGAAACCCUUCUAAAUGUAAUAAAAUCCGUGACCAAAAAUGGCAGAUCUAUCGUAUUAACGGCCGUAUUUGCCGUGAUAUUGAUUUACCUUUUCGCAAUACUGGGAUACCUGUUUUUCCAAAAUGAUUUCAUUAUCGAAGUUCAACCCAAUUUGGAUGAUCGGAAUACUGUGGAAAUCAUUAAAUAUGGGGGUACGGCCGGAGCUGUUGUACUAAGCGUAACGAAUGGGUUAGCCUCCGGAUUGAAACGCGUAUCCGAUAUAGCGAACCAGGUCACGGGCAAAAACUUACUACAUUUCUCUGGUUUCAUAGAUGACGAUGCUAAUUGUCAUUACUCUCCAUCGGGUGGCGGUAUAAAGUGCGAUUAUUUUGACACGAACAAUAAAUCGUCUCUAAACAUUCAAGGCAGCAAUGAAUCUGUUUCGAGCCAUUUAUCGGAAGAAGUUCUAACUAUAAAUGAGAGAGUAUGUGAUUCAUUGUUAAUGUGCAUAAUAACGGCCCUGAGUGAGGGGAUGCGCAGCGGUGGAGGUAUCGGAGACGUUCUAAGAAAGCCCAGCAAUAAAGAACCGUUAUUUUUAUUUCGCGUGAUAUAUGACUUGCUCUUUUAUUUUAUCGUGAUAAUCAUCGUUUUGAAUCUCAUAUUCGGUGUCAUUAUCGACACGUUCGCCGAUCUUAGAAGCGAAAAACAAGAGAAAGAUGAAAUAUCGCGAAACACUUGCUUCAUUUGUUGCUUAGAAAGGAAGUCUUUCGACAACAAAAAGGUCACGUUCGAAGAUCACAUUCACAGGGAGCACAACCUUUGGCAUUAUUUUUAUUUCAUUGUACUGCUCAAAGUUAAGGACCCUACCGAUUUUACCGGUCCCGAAUAUUAUGUCCAAAAAAUGAUACAGGAGGCAAAUUUGGAUUGGUUCCCGCGCAUGAGAACUAUGUCACUUCACGUUAACGAGGAAGAGAAUGACCAAUUUAACGACGUCAAAAUUUUGCAAACUAAAUUAGAAGAGACGGUAAAAUUAGUCACCAAUUUAUCGAGCCAAUUAUCAGAUAUCCGAGAGGAAAUAUGUAAACAAAGCAUAAUGAAGCAGCGAAUGACGAUACUGGCACCAGAAAUCAAUACACCAACCCGUUUAUAUAAAUAA